AUGCCUCUGGGACACAUCAUGAGGCUGGACCUGGAGAAGAUCGCCCUGGAGUACAUCGUGCCCUGCCUGCACGAAGUGGGCUUCUGUUACCUGGACAACUUCCUGGGCGAGGUGGUGGGCGACUGCGUCCUGGAGCGCGUCCGGCAGCUGCACAGCGACGGGGCCCUGCGGGACGGCCAGCUGGCGGGGCCGCGCGCCGGCGUCUCCAAGCGGCACCUGCGGGGCGACCAGAUCACGUGGAUCGGGGGCAACGAGGAGGGCUGCGAGGCCAUCAGCUUCCUCCUGUCCCUCAUCGACAGGCUGGUCCUGUACUGCGGGAGCCGGCUGGGCAAAUACUACGUCAAGGAGAGGUCCAAGGCAAUGGUGGCUUGCUACCCAGGAAAUGGAACAGGUUAUGUCCGACACGUAGACAACCCCAACGGGGACGGCCGCUGCAUCACCUGCAUCUACUACCUGAACAAGAACUGGGAUUCCAAGCGACACGGUGGGGUCCUGCGGAUAUUUCCAGAAGGAAAGUCAUUCAUCGCAGACGUGGAGCCCAUUUUUGACAGACUCUUGUUCUUCUGGUCAGACAGGAGGAACCCACAUGAAGUCCAGCCUUCCUAUGCAACCAGAUACGCUAUGACUGUUUGGUACUUUGAUGCUGAUGAAAGAGCAGAAGCCAAAAAGAAAUUCAGGAAUUUAACUAGGAAAACAGAAUCUGCCCUCACUGAAGACUGA